AGCUCGCAGUCAGAAAUUAUAGAUUGACGUGUACACUAUACACUAUAGUGUGCUGGUGAUUUGUGCUGUGGUUUAUUGUAAUAGAAUUAAUUUAAACUAUCAUAUACAUCUAUACGUACAUAUAUAUAUAUAUAUAUUUAGUAUAAAAUGAAUGCUUUAAGAAAAUUACCAAAACGUUUUAUCUUUAACGCUUUGCGUCAACAACAACAAUGUGCAAUGUCCUCGGUCAACGCCAGCACGCCCCCUCCUUUGAUUUCUUUAACCGAGGAUGAAAAGGUGAUGAAAGAAACCGUUGCCAAAUUAGCCCAAGAGCAAAUAGCGCCAUUUGUGAAGAAAAUGGAUGAAAAUCACAAAUUUGAGGAGUCGGUGGUUAAGGCGAUGUUUGAGAACGGUCUAAUGGGUAUUGAAAUUGAUUCCGAAUUGGGUGGUAGUGCUUGUAACUUCCUAACAACUAUUCUGACUGUGGAAGAACUUUCGAAAGUUGAUCCUGCGGUAGCCGCUCUAGUUGAUAUUCACAAUACCUUAGUGAAUUCAUUAAUUAUGAAAGUGGCAACGAAAGAGCAAAAGGAAAAGUAUCUACCAAAAUUAGCUCAGGAGUAUCCUGGCAGUUUUGCCUUAACUGAGCCUGGUUCCGGUUCGGAUGCGUUUUCGUUAAAGACUGUAGCUAAAAAAGAUGGCAAACACUAUGUGAUCAAUGGCACGAAAAUGUGGAUCUCUAAUUCCGAUCUGGCUGGCUUAUUUAUUGUCUUUGCUAAUGCUAAACCUGAGGAUGGCUAUCGCGGUAUUACAACGUUCUUAGUAGAACGUAACACUCCUGGUUUGACCAUUAACAAACCUGAAGAUAAAUUGGGUAUACGUGCUUCCGGCACCUGUAUGCUCACUUUCGAAGACGUUCGUAUACCUGAAGAGAAUUUAUUAGGCACCUUUGGUCACGGUUAUAAAUAUGCAGCUGGUUUUCUAAACGAGGGCCGUGUAGGAAUUGCUGCCCAAAUGAUUGGUUUGGCUCAGGGUUGUUUUGAUCACACGAUCCCUUACUUAAUGGAUCGUAAGCAAUUCGGUACCGAGGUUUACAAUUUUCAAUCAAUGCAACAUCAAAUUGCUGCCGUGGCCACUGAAAUAGAAGCAGCUCGUUUGCUUACUUACAAUGCCGCCCGUAUGGUUGAGCAUGGCAUACCAUUUGUAAAGGAGGCUGCUAUGGCGAAAUAUUAUGCAUCCGAGGUGGCUCAACGCGCUACUAUCAAAUGUAUCGACUGGAUGGGUGGCGUUGGUUUCACACGUGACUUCCCACAAGAAAAAUAUUAUCGUGAUGUAAAGAUCGGUGCAAUAUACGAAGGCACCACCAAUAUGCAGCUCAGUACCAUUGCGAAAUUAAUCAAAAAGGAGUAUACACACUAAGAGUACAAUGGACUUCCAUGGA